AUGGACGAACCACAACAGCCACCAAAGGCCGAGCCGUGGUGGGCCGCGUUUCCGGCGCCCAAGGCACGUUGUCCGAUCCUCCCCGCGGACGAGGUCUUGAAACUUCUAGAGGACAGGGCCGGCGCUGCUUCGGGGGGUAACGACGUGCUGCUCGUCGACGUGCGCCGCGACGACUGGACGGGCGGCACCGUGGCCGGCUCUGUCAACCUGCCGGCGCAGAGCCUGUAUGCGACGCGCGGGGCCGUCUACGACCUCUGCAGGAGGGCUGGGGUCAAACGGGUCGUGUUCUACUGUGCAGUCGCCUACUCAGGAUCCUGCUCAGACGGAGGCAGGGGCUGGAAGUGCGCAAACUGGUUUCAGGACUACGUCGACGAAAAGGGCGACACGCAGAUCCAGGGCAUGCUGUUGGAAGGAGGCAUCAAGGGCUGGGUGAAGCGGUUCGGGGCCAAGGGUGUAGAAGGCUUUGAUGAAAAAUGUUGGAAGUAG